AAACGCAUGCUUUUGAUUCCCGUUUCUUCCGUACGCGUAGUGGGCGAGGAGAAGCACAGUUGUGGUGCUACUCUGCAGAGUCCCACAUGGCGCACACUGGCAGGAGAGAUGCUCCUGAACUUCCAGACUUCUCCCUCCUUAAAAGACUGGCCAGAGACCAGCUCAUCUACCUGCUGGAACAACUGCCAGGAAAGAAGGACUUGUUUAUUGAUGCAGAUUUGAUGAGCCCUCUGGACCGAAUAGCUAAUGUGACCACACUCAAGCAACAUGAAGUGGACAAACUGUACAAAGUUGAGCUCAAACCUAUUGUCAGUACAUCAGAUCAGCUGUGCUUCUUGAUACGUCCUCGAAUACAGAUUGUGAAAUGGAUUGCAGAAAUAGUUAACUUGGACAAGGCGUCUGGAAGAUUCAGAAGAUAUAAGAUCAUAUUUACCCCUCAGAAGUUCUAUGCAUGUGAGACAGUUUUGGAGGAGCAGGGGGUCUAUGGUGAUGUGACAACAGAUGAGUGGGCUUUCUAUCUCCUUCCUCUUGACGAUGACAUCAUAAGCCUAGAACUGCCUGAAUUCUUCAGAGAUAAUUUCCUGGAGGGAGAUCAGCGCUGGGUGACCACAGCUGGAAGUGCAUUACGUCUGGUAUACUCCUUAUACGGGCCCUUCUCAAAGGUGAAUGGGAUUGGACGAUGUGCCAAGAUGGUGUAUGAGUCAUGGAGGGAUCAAGUGAAGGAUGGAGAGCAGAAAGCACAGCAGCCUGAGAUUGGAAACGUUUUCCUCAUCGACAGAGAUGUGGACUUUGUUACUCCACUGUGCUCUCAGGUUGUCUAUGAGGGACUGGUGGAUGACAUUUUCAGGAUUAAAUGUGGUAGUGUAGAGUUUGGACCUGAAGUCACCUCCUCUGACAAGAGUAUAAAAGUGAUGCUUAACUCUCAAGAUAAGGUGUUCAAUGAAAUCAGGAAUGAGCACUUCUCCAACGUGUUUGGCUUUUUGAGUCAGAAGGCCCGAAAUCUUCAAACAGCAUAUGAUAAACGGCGUGGGAUGGACAUCAAGCAGAUGAAGACGUUUGUUUCGGAGGAACUGAAAGGCCUGAAACAGGAGCACCGUCUUCUCAGUCUGCAUAUCGGUGCAAGUGAAAGCAUAAUGAAGAAGAAAACAAAGCAAGACUUCCAGGAAUUGCUGAAGACUGAACACUCUUUACUUGAAGGUUUUGAAGUUCGGGAAUGUAUCUCCUUCAUUGAAGAACACAUUAACAGACAGAUAUCAAUGAUUGACAGUCUGAGACUCCUUUGCCUGUUGUCGAUCACCGAAAAUGGACUUCUCCCCAAAGAUUAUCGGUCCCUAAAGGCUCAGUACCUCCAGAGUUAUGGCAUAGAGCACCUGCUGACCUUUGCCAACCUGAAGCAAAUUGGCCUGCUAGUGGAGCAGCAGCCUGGUGAGACACUAACAGUCAUGGAAAGCAAAGUGGGCAAACUGGUCAAUGACAAGACUGCUGGAAAACUGACUGAUGCUUUCUCCUCCUUGGCCAAGAAGAGCAACUUCCGAGCACUGAGUAAAAGGCUGGUGCUGAUUCCUAAAUCAGGGGAGGAAUAUGACCUCCGUGUCCCACGAGACAUGGCCUACAUCUUCAGUGGGGCUUAUAUACCUUUGAGCUGCAAACUGAUUGAACAGGUAUUAGAGAGAGAUGGCUGGACAGGGCUUGAGGAGGUCACACGCAUGUUGAAUGGACAUGAAUUUGCAGUAACAGGAGGCACCAAUGGAACUGAAGCAAGAAUCAAAACGGAUCCUCAGAGGAUUAUUCUUGUGAUGUUCUUGGGAGGAUGUACUUACUCUGAAAUUUCUGCCCUGCGUUUCUUAGGUAGAGAGAAAGGGUAUAAGUUUAUCGUGCUGACCACAGCCAUCACAAACAGUGCCAGACUGCUGGAGGCUCUGUUGGAUAAUCAUGCUUGAAUCUCCAGUGGCUGCUGUUAACAAGGUGACAGAGUUGCGGGAGAUUUGGUUGUGACCUGCCUGUAGGACGCAGCUGAAAGAGACAUUCCAGAGGGAUUUUUUCCUCAACAAUGGACAUGAAUGCCAUCACUGACCAACAGCACUACAUAUUGCCGUUUCAGUGAAUAAUGCAUACUUCUGGGAGACCGUAUGGUUCUGAAGACUCGCCGCUGCGCUGGGACACUCAGUUGCCAAAAGGCCCUUGUAGAAAAUGUUUGUUGUGCUCUGUUUUGAACGUGAUGGGCAAUGUAAUAUAUAAACAGAAUAUCCAUUUCAAUGGUGAAAAAUAAACAUUUAUUUGAUUUUAAAUGUGUGAAA